AGUCACUGUACCUAUGACGAACUACACUAUAUUUGUUCAUAAACAAGGAUAAGAAAAUGUGUUUGGACAAAUAUACAUGAAAUAGGUGGUAACAGAAUAGCAGUAUUUCCAAAUGGCUUCAGGAAAACAUAUACCCUGUGGUCCAUGUAGGUUUGAUGACGUCACGAAGGAUGCGGGAAGAUGGUGCACUAAUUGUGAAGAAGGAUUGUGUGAAGAUUGCGAAAACGUUCACAGAAAAAGCAAAACAUCAAGAAACCAUCAAGUUAUUUCACUAGAAGAUUACCGCAAGAUUGAAAAUGUUUCAAUCUCCCAGGUUUGUGAGCACCACGGGGAAAACCUAGAGUGGUUCUGUAAAACUCACGACGAGGUCCUCUGUGUUGUUUGUGUCCCGUCAAAACACAAGUCAUGUUCUGAUGUUAUACCAAUAACUGUUAACUCAGCUAAUUCGAGACAAUCAACUGCAUUAUUUGACCUGGAAGAAACAAUUGGGAGAACUCUGCGCAACGUGAAACAAUGUAUCAAGAAUCGUGAAUCCGCUACAAAAGAAAUCGAGAAACAAGAAAUAGUGGUCAAAACCAUGGUUCUUGAAACGAGAAUGAAAAUAAACAGCCACCUAGACAGGCUACAGGAAAAAUUGUUGAACGAACUUGGAUUAACAUCUCACACUUGUAAAUCAAAAUAUAUGAAAAUCCUUCAGAAGCUAGAAUCAACGAAGGAAAUGCUUAUCAAACUAAAAGAAGAAACACUCCACAUGAAACAAUUUUCUUCUGACAUACAAGUGUUUCUGGGAACGCGUCAGUUCAAUAAGCAGAUCAAAAGCGAAAUAAAAUCCACCAAGAGUGAACUUGGUUCUACAAAAGAUUAUGAAUUAAAAGUAGCUAUUCAUAGUAUAAUCGAGAAAUUAUCAAACGAAGUUGAAGAGUUUGGACAAAUAAAGGUCUCUGAAUGCGCCUCCAUGUUAGAUUUCAAAGAACAAAAAAUCGAUCAAGCUCAGAUUGGAAUCACUAUCCCAACACCAAGCAAUAUAUCCGACAUUAAGCUUCAGGUUAUCAAAACAUUUCAAAUAGAGAAAACAAAUGACAUGAAUAUUUAUGGUUGUAUCAUAUUGCCUAACGGUCAUUUGUUGAUGACGCAUAAACAAGAGAAUCAGUUAAAAGAGUACAGUGAUACAGGUGAACAUAUCCGAGACAUUUUAGUAUCCGGCAAACCGUACGAUAUUGCCGUGAUAGAUCUUAAUCGUAUUGUUGUGACGUACGGGGACGCAUUAUACCUAGAAAUAAUGAAUAACAAUACUUUCCAUAUUGAAAAUAGCAUCAGUUUAAAAAAUAGUUGCUUGGAGGUAUCUCACGAGGAUGGGAAACUUUACGUAGUAUAUAAAAACGAGAUACAAGUCAUGGAUCUAUCAGGGAGACAACUCAAAAAAAUUAAAGCAGCAGCUAAAGGUGUAGCGUGCAUCAAAACAAGCAGAGACAAGAUAUUUUACGCAGAUUACAACACGAACCAAAUACUCUGUUGUCGUUUGAAUGGAGAAGAAUUAUGGAAGUUCAAAUGUGACUUGAUUAAAUUUCCUCACGAUAUAACAGUAGACUCUUACCAUAAUGUGUACGUUGUAGGUUAUAUUUCCAAUAAUCUAACAAUUAUACAACAUGACGGGAAAGACAGUAGGACGUUACUGACAGAAUCAGAUGGACAGAAUCGUCCAACAGUUGUGAACUUUGAUACAGAUAAAAGUACAUUACACAUUUGCUCUGAAAGAGGAAAUGUUACCUUGUACAAAGUCGUUUAACAACUUAAAUGUUCAAAUCCUAUUGAUUCCAUCGUUCUAGACAAUUGGGAUUUGCAGAUGAACCGUAAACACUAUUCUGCAGUAUUUCACUUUAUAACAAUGCCUUCGUUAUAAAAAAAAGUUACUUUGGAAUGUGUGGUUAGAAUAAAUGUAGUAUAGUCGUCUUUGAUAUUUCAAUAGUUUGGUAACCGGAUCAUUUCAUUACAUUAGUUACAUAUUUUCAAACAACAAAUUUUUCAAAUAUGUUGGCUUCGAACAUCACGGAAGAGACAAUAGAUGUCAACAUGUGCAUCUUAGAUAUACUUUUUGUUAUUACUUCCAGUAGGUCGAUACCACUUCUAGUGGACUGUUUGUCCCAAAGGGUAACACCAACCCAGUAGCCAGUACUUCGAUACAGACAUAUAAAUAUGUAAAUUAUUUUAAAUUGAAAAAAACAUGUCUUCCUCGUGGAUACCUCUGAUCUUUUAUUCGGAUUUAUAUCAUAUAACUAAAUCUUAAAUUUGAAUUUCUUUUUAAAGUGAAAUCUUAAAGUGAUUUGUUUCCUCUUUACUACGUUUCUCACUGGAUUGUUCCGUUUACAUCAAAGUACCAUUCAUUGCUCUUUGGAGAUAAGCUUAUAAAGUUUGGAGUGUAUGACGCAAAAAUGUUAUUCUUUUUUAAUUUGAAAGCCUUUUUGUCAGUUGACUUCUUACAAAACAAUGCAUGUGACUAUAGCUGAUAGCGGAAAAGUUUGUUAUUGGACUGAACAUGUCUUAAGGAGACGUUAUGAAAAGUGGUGUAAAUCGUUGAAAAAAAAUUCUUAACAGCUAAAAAGGACAAAAAAUUUCCAUUUGUGUUGUUUAUUUUGAGCACCCUUAAAAUGUAUAACUUUGUAAAAAAAACUUUGAUUAAGCCUUUUCUGUUACAACUUUAUGAAAAAAAAAUGUGAUAGGAGCUUCAAACAAUGAUUUCGACAAUUUCACAUAGCAAGAGUCCAAAUGGUUUAAGCUUAUUUACAAAGGAUGCAUGAGGUAUGACGAUUACAAUUUUUCAAUAUAUCUAGAUGGUCUACUUUGUUAAUUGAGUUUUUAUUGUUUUAUUAAUUUUACAUUAAAAAAAUACACAAUGAUUUGAGUUUUAAACUCUAAACACAGUACUUCGUGAACAUUAAUGUGAUUUAAAAUCCAGGUAGGUUAAAUUUGUUAUAAGAUGCUAUAUAUUAUUUAAAUAAUAGAAUAAAGAAAUGUUUUAUCAUUACACAUAAGUCCAAAUACAUUACAGUUUAAAGUGUGAAAGUGUAUGCACUUGUUUUGAAUGAACUAUUCAUUUUUUUGU